GAAAGACGGCCGGAGAGCAAUAUCAGUGACAGUGAAGUCGCUGGCCGGCCGCCGGAGAGAGUAAAAACAUGGGGAGAUCGCCGUGCUGUGAGAAGAUGGGACUGAAGAAAGGUCCCUGGACCAAGGACGAAGACGAAAUCCUCGUCGACUACAUCAGCCGACACGGCCAUGGCAACUGGCGAGCUCUUCCCAAACACGCUGGUUUGUUGAGGUGCGGGAAGAGUUGCAGACUCCGAUGGAUAAAUUACCUGCGGCCCGACAUCAAACGAGGAAACUUCAGCCAUGAAGAAGAAGACGCCAUUAUCAAGCUGCAUCAAGCUCUGGGAAACAGAUGGUCCGUGAUUGCUGCAAGAUUGCCAGGACGUACGGACAACGAAAUCAAGAACAUAUGGCACACUCGUUUGAAGAAACGGUUAAACGACUACGAUCUUGUUUCACCGCAACCAAGGUUGAAAUCCAAAUCCCAACCGUUGAAACCCUUCGCCAUGGAUCUCCUGAUAACGAACGGUUCGAUGUUGACCCCGAGCUCUCCACCGCAUUCCUCGACGACAACCUCAACCGAAUUCCACGCAUCGUCGGCCUGCAGCAUUUCCAGCGACUGUGUGGUCUCCGACGCGGUGUUGCAGAGUGAUCCGCCGGAAGUCGAUGAGAGUUUUUGGUCGCAGGUAUUUUCAUCGGAGAAUUCGAGUGAUGCCGGUGACCUUCCGGCCACGGUUGACGGCGGGAGCCGCUUUGAUUCGACGGAGAACGAGACGUACGAGACUAAGUCGAGCGUAGAAUUCUGGCACCGCCUUUUUAGUAAGGCGGAGGACUUGCCGGUGUCGCCGGAACUUUGACACGCCGGUGUUACUGAUAGGUGUAAUAUCGAAUAUCUUUAAAAAUUUAACAAAAUAUAAAUUAAAAAAAUAAUAAAAAAUAGAACCAAGCUUGUAAAUGGUGUGUCAUGUUAUUUUUCGUGUAAGAGUCUAAAUUUUAUAAAUAUGACUCAAAUCAAAUAUGUAUUAGUCAUAGUAUGAAUAAAAAUGACGAUCCACAUUUAAACAAUUUA